GUCUCCCGUUUUCUCUUUGCAGGCUGAUUUACCAUGACCUCUUCAGAGAUCCUCUCAGCUGGUCACAGACUGGGGAAGCCCUUCCAGGGGGACCCCUGGGAGCCUUGCAAGCCAUGUGCAGGAGGACAGAUCCUGGUCCUUUCACCAUCGCUCUCGAUUCACUGAGCUGGCUGCUGCUGCACCUUCCCUGUACUGCCCUCUGCCAGGCGCUCUGUGCCUUGAGCCAUCAACACUCCCGCCCUGGUGGCAGCUGCCUGGCCGAGCCUGUGCGAGUGCUAGGCCUGCUGCAUGAAGAGCUCCAUGGCCCAGGCCCCCUGGGAGCCCUGAGCAGCCUGGCCCAGACCGAAGUGACCCUGAGCGGGGCAAUGGGCCAGGCUUCGGCCCACAUCCUCUCUCGGAGGCCCCGACAGCGCCCAGCCCUUCAGACUCAGUGGUUCUCCAUCCUGCCCGACUUCAGCCUGGAUCUCCAGGGGGAACCCCCGCUAGAGUCCCAGCCCCACCCAGAUCCUCACACCCCCCCGGUGGACCCCACAGCUCAUGUGACCUUUAACCUUCACCUGUCCAAGAAAGAGAGAGAAGCCAAAGACAGCCUGACGCUGCCCUUCCAGUUCAGCUCUGAAAAACAGCAGGCUCUACUGCGUCCUGGGCCUGGCCAAGCCACCAGCCACAUCUUCUAUGAGCCAGAUGCAUAUGAUGACCUGGACCAAGACGACCCAGAUGAUGACCUGGAUGUUUGACUGGCCUGGAAUUGGAAGGGAGGAGAAAGACCUUGGACCCAUAACCAUCCUCCCAUUGUUUGCAUUGGCCUUGCCCUGUCCCUGCCCCCACCUUUGUUCUCGGGUCUGCAGAGGCCCUGCCCCAAGACCUCUGAGUCAGAGUAACUUCCCAUCUGGACAGAAUGUGGGGAAGGGGCCUUAGGGGAAGGUGCCUAAUAAAGUCUUUAUUUUUCUACGGAAAGGAA